AUGGCAAUCCCUUCUCCUAUCAAAACCAUUAUUCCAAUCAAAGUUCAAAACAUCUCCUUCCCCUUUUACACCGACCACGGUGUCAGCUGUGGUCGCAUUGACCAUUUUUUACUCACAGAGUCAACCAUUUUCGCUCUUGAGCCACUCCUUAACCCUGUUUCCAGCUCAAACGAAACCUCUCAAACGUGGGAGAUAGCCAAAGGCUACCGGCUUGCCACUUCUGGUAAAAAUAAUACCAGUAGAGUCCAUCUGAGUAAGCUUUUCCAAAGGGAAACCACCGUCUUCUCUAAAGUUGCUGUUUCCAAAUCUGCUGAUAAAUUUUCGUUCUUGGCGAUUCACAAUGAGAGCCCAGAUAUCUUCCGUGCCGGCGACGAUGAUAAUCGAGGGAAACUGGUGGGGCGGAAGGAUGGGGAUGAAGAAUUGGCGGCAUUAGACAUUGAUGUGCAUGAUAUUGUGGAUGGUAUUUACCACAAUAACAGAUUCUUCGCUCAGGGUUUAUCAGGUCCUACUUUGGUUUUCGAUGCUGAAACUCUUGAAAUUGUUCAAGUUACGCACAUGAAGGGCUCCAGGGGUCGACAUUUUUUCGUGGAGUGGUCUGAGGAUCUGUUUCUUGUGAAUACGUUUUGGGAUUUCAAAAGUGGCAGUGUUCUUUUAACUUUCCAUGUUUAUGAGCAGAACGGUCUAGAUAACGACUGGGUUCCGGUGAAGGACGGCGUCGGUGACGGAGUUUUUUUACUGGGUGACGAUUUUUCUUUCUCUGUUUCGGCGAAGGAGUUCUUGACAUUGACUGAAAAUACCGUCUACUUGCGAAAAUUUCCUCAAGCCUAA